AUGUGCUCACUCUACAGCAUCAACAACAACUCAAAGUUCGCUGGCCAGUCUUCCUUCCAGGUCGUACUGUGCGCCAAAGGAUCCGACAGCAACAGCAACAGCAACAGCAACAGCAACAGCGGCUACCACCGCCACUCCUCGCCCUCUUCCGCGCCUUCGUCGCCCUCCGCAGGCUCGUCCUGGUCGGCGCCCUGCUCGCACUCCAAACGGAAAAAGAUGAAGGGCGGUACCUCAGCUGCGCCCAGUGGUAAGGGCCCCGUCCUGAUUCUCUCUUCCUCACACCAGGGUACCUCCCAGUCCAACUCCAGCAUGCUCUCCAAUUCGCCCGCGUUCCAAUCUCAGUGCGAUCGCAUCAGCAACUCGCUUCACUAUCCCCCUCUGUCACGUACAACCCUAGCCCAGUCCUACAGCAGUAGCAGGCGGAGACAUAGCAGCCAUGGCGCCACGCAUUGGCAGCAGUUUCACCAGCACCAUCAGCAUCACCACUCCUACGAGGCGUCCUUUGAGCAUGAUACAAUUGGACUCGAACACGGGCACGCGCUCUCUCUUGUCCAGAGUCAGAGUCAGACCCAGACCCAGGCCCAGGACCAGACAGUCUCGCCACAGAAGCGCACCUCGCCUUCGUCGAAUGACCGGCAGACUAGUGCUAGCUACAAGGACGCAGGGAACCGUCGUUCCUCACCGAUUCUGGAUCCAGCCGAUACCAUCCAAGUUUUAUCCAAAAGAUUUUGUCCACCUUCUCCCUCGCAAGCACAAUUAACACCAUGCAAUCCGUCCGUCUUAUCAUCGCACAGUGCACACCUCUCGCGUACAGCGGACACUGCCCUGGUUUCCUUUGCAGCCGCGGUAGCCUCUGCUGCUAAUUCAACUUCGCCCGCCAUGUCCUCCCCCCGGUCUGUCCUGUCGUCAUUUUUUCGAUCGAAAGAUGCGUCCGUGCCCCUCGAUGUCUCGUCAUCUACUGUGGCAAAUCCAGGACCCAAAACAGGAGAAUGUGCUGGUGCUACGCUGCUUGACGUCAGCGUGCAUCCUACACAUCCUGUAUACCCUGUAGAUAAGCCGAUCCAUUAUCGCUCGUCGAUCGUACCUCAUGGAUCUUCAGAUGAGGACAGAGUCGACGAUCUGUCCUCGCCUAUGGGCACGAGUGUUGAUAGUACUAACAACGAGACCUUUGAUGGCGACGAGAUGGAUCUCCAACGCAGCUUGAACGAUGCCUCUGACUCGGACUCUCCGAUGACUGCAGCAGGGACAGCCAAGUACCCUCUGUCGGCCCAAGCAGCCCUCCGACCAGAGAACGGGUCUUUAUUCAAGCUGGAGCGCAAGUCACGACUAAGGCGCCAGGUCAAUCGUCUCCGCACAAAGAAUGCAGCACUCAAGUCGACGGUAGCCCAGGUCAAGUCGGAUCUGGCAUUGGAGCGUCAGAGGCGGUCGACGAUGGACCAGAUCUACCUCAAUAUCAAGAAGGAGCUGAACCAGAAACUCGAGACGGAGGAAAUCAAAGUACUGAACCUCAAAGGAGAGCUGGAACAGAUGACAGCGGAGAUGCAGGAGUUAAAAGAUCAGCUCGCCUCCGCCAGGGCUUCCUCUUCAAAGAACAGCAAUGGAUCAUCCGCAGGCUACAAGAUCGGUUACGACAGCAGCGCGUUUUCGCUUUCAGGCGGAUUCUCUGAACUCGGAGGGCUAAUUCUUCACCACCACGCCAAUGUGAAUCUUGUUGAUAGUCAGGACGAUUCAGAAGAGUUCUUGGCCUCACACUCGUACGCGGCCUCGACCAGGCAAACCGAUUCGACUCUGUUGGCGACAUCUGGUUCCGGCGCUAUGGCUCUCAAUGAAAAUGAGGAGGAUGAGAACGAUGAGGACGACGACUUGAGCGGCGAUGAUGACGACGAUGACGAAAUCGACAGCGGAGUAUCGUUUUCAUUGAUACGAACUCCCAAAACCCUGACUCCGACUGCUUCUUGCCGAUCUAGCGUGUCUUCAGACAACUUGCAUCCAGCUCUAGCGGAAGAGGAAUCUGAGCAGAUGGAGGACUAUACAGAGCAAAGCGAUGACGAUGAUAGCGAUAAAGAGUACGAAGAUGCGCCGUGCACCAUGAUGGAGAUCAUCCUCCAGCGUCAACAAUCCCGCUCAUCCGAAGACGAAAUGAACGACCCUCCAGCGGACGCGACCGAGACCUUCGAAUCGAUGGCUCAGAAGGCAAUGUUGCAGGCGACACAGUCCAAGUUCACUGUUGCACAGACACAACUGCAACUGGAAGAGCUCGUCUUGAAGUUUGAUGCGCGUCCUGAGCAGACUGCGGAUGUCAUUGCGAAGGAGGUGUCGAGAUGGUGGGAGGCAGAGCGCGUUGCGACUGGUGGUCCUUUCGCUGGCGGUUGGGGCCAUGAGACCGUGAUUAUCAGCAAGGAGACGGGCGAGCGCGUGAGUCCCAAGGUGGCGGUCGAGAGGCAGGUCGAGUCGUUCUUUGGACCAUUACUCUUACAGUUUGUCACAACGCUCUCGGAACAGAGAGUGUUGCUUGACAAACUGGGAGAAUGCGCCAGAGCGGAUCCUCAAUCGCUGAAGAACCACAAUGCGGUGCUGGUGGCGCUUUACAAAUACGAUGUGGUUGAAGCUGAGGCUGUGUUGGAAUGGUGGCAUAGUCUUGAGGAGCCUCAGGGUGUUUUUGGCCACGGCGGCAACAAUCUGCGUAGUUUGAACUCGAAAUUCGUGGCCUGGCUCGAGGACGAGGAGGAUGAUUCUGAGAGUGCGGAUGACGAGGACGAUGAUGAGAACGACGACGACAGCGGGAGUGAUUCGGAUUCCUGCUGCUCAGAUAUGGAAGAAGAUGAGGACGAGGUAGAGGAGGAUGAUGAUGAUGGUGUGGUCGAUUCGAUCCUGGACCUGGCCUUCCCUGAGAUCAAGCCAUCGUCAACACCUCCACCAUCGACACUACAGACAGCAGUGUCAGAAUCAACUCAGGACAGGUCGUCUGCAGAGCCGAAAAGGAGGAUUAGCUUUUGUAACAACAAUAUGUAUUAUAACCAGGACGGAUAUGCUGGGGUCGAGGAUGUUGAUCCGAUGGAGGAAACAAAGACCGAAAAGAAGAAGUACACGCAAUGUCCGCGAAUGAGGGAGUCUAGAGACGAGGAGGAAGAAGAAUAG